AUUGUCAGUAAACUGGACGGAAUGGGUUUCCCUGUAGUUGCUGGUUGUCUAACAAAGGCUGGUAGCGAGUCUCUCGGCAAAUCCUGCUCGAGUCGGCUGAAGACACUGACUGUUGACGUCACAGACAGUGACAGCAUCCGAGCAGCUUACGAAGCUGUGAAGAAGGCCCUCCCUGAUGACACAUGUAAGAUAUGAGUGUGUGGGGAAAUUGUGAUAAAGAUUGGUGUGAUUUAAUAUGAUACAAUUUCAUAAUUUAUCUAGUAAUGUGAGCAAUGGGGAGAAUGCCAAAUGAUAGAGGAGUGAAGAGGACGCAUCACCAAAACCCAAGAGGAAAACGGCUGAAAAGCAGAUGGAUGGAUAAUAUCGAAAAAGACCAACAGAUACUGGGAAUCCAAGCAUGGAAAAGAAAAUCGGUAGCUAGAUCUGAGUGGAAAGAAGUAGUGAGGUGGGCCAAAGCCCUACAUUGGCUGUAGCGCCACACGGAUGGAUGGUGUGAGAAAUGAGAACAAGCGCUGAGUGGCACACACACAUGGUUAGUUGUUCUUGCAACUAAAACAAGUAAAAAAAAAAAACUGUUCUUGAAUAUCUCUUUCAAAGCAGAUGAAAAUUUUAAAAGUAGCCCUCAUUAACUCUAAAUUUAUUGCAAUGAAAUUCGUUAUAUUUAAAAGAAAAAAAAACAAAAAAACUAAGCUUGACUUUCUUAAUGUGGUAAAAGGGGAAGCAGUUGUAUUUUCUGAAAAUGCAACGCUUUUUUUUCAGGGUUCUGUGUGAAUUUUAGACACAUAAAAUAUUUCAUUGUGACUGAGAAAUUAAGAGAAAAUAACAAUAUCGAGUAUUCAAAACCUAGAAGUUAAUUGUAAUUAUCCCUGGUUUGAGUAUCGUAUUAUUUGUUCUUGUAGUGUCAUUUGGUAUCGUCUUUUGUUGUGUACUGUUUUAGAACGAGCCCUACACUGAAAUAAGAGAUUAAUUUCUCCAUAAUGUAACAGUACGUAACAUUGGCGCAAAUAAAGAAUGUGAUGCUACCGCUAAGUUUUUCCCAUCUUUGCAUACAAAAUUUUUUUUUCCAUGAAAAACUAAAAUUGUGUAAUAGAGGGUUAAUAAAUUUUAUUAUGUUAAUUGUAAUGAAUUACAAAACCAAAAAGUAAACAAAAAAAAUGAAAUUAUUGACUCACAGAGUAGUGUUAGGUUUGUACCGGUACAAUGUUGAAGAAAACACAAUGUGCAAAAAAAGGGGGCAAUGGUGAAAAGAAAUCUACAAAAACACCUUAAAUAAAUCCCUCGUCUCGUAGCAAAGAUAGCAUACGCUUCCAAUAGCUUUCGUGUUAAAUGAUAGCCCAAAAAUCUCUUAUUGGUCUCCUUUUAUAGAGUGUUUUAAUUAUCUUUCUAGAACGGUCUUCUACAUUUUUUCCUUUCCCGUCUUCUCCAACUUUUUCUACGGAAUUCUAAGGAUACAGACUUUGUAUUUUAUUUAGUUCUAAACAAUGUCAAGAGCGACUAUUUUUGGCUAGCCACACCCUAAAUGUAGUUCCGAGCUUUGUGUCAGCUAGAGUUCAUUCACGGGGAAAGAUGCCGUAAACACGUAGUCUACAUAACAGCGCAUGUCAGCUAAAUUAUACCGAGAAAAGUAGGAAGUUGGCAGUCAAUAAUUUAUAGUGCCCAUGUAAAAAUUUAAUUAGGCCCGAGAAAAUUUAAACUUCGACAUAAACCUCAUUCUCCCCGCCCCCACCCACCCAUUUUAAAAAAAACAACAACAACAAACAAACAGGGGCAGUGCUUUCUGAAUAAAAUUAAUGAUUUACAUUAAAAAUUAACUUUUGUUAGAAAUUGAUUAAAUCAUGUGAUCGAGUGUAUGGAUAGUAAUUGGAUAAAAUUGGUCGGGAACAAAAAUUGUGCUUUGAACAACUGCUGAGGAUUUCGGAGUGAAUCAUUAAGAAAAGAAAACAGCCUUUGUUAUUCAAGAAAAAAAAAAACACACAAAAUUAAAAAAAGAUAUACAUGGAAAUUAUAUUCCUAUAAAUCCAAUUCACGUUAUAAAAAUGAAAAUAAUGAAAGAAUGUCAGUCUUGGUCGUCUGUUUUUUUUAAAAAAGAUAAUAUUGAAAGAAUAUCUGUCUUGGUCAUCCGUUUUAAGUAUGAACUUUCAUUUCUCCAACAUCAAUCAUUGCUAUGAAUGUAUGAUUUUGAAACAAACUAUUUAACUCGUCGCAUCUGUCUCAAGGUCUGUGGGCUGUUGUGAACAAUGCCGGAGUAACGGGGCGACUGACCGUGUCCGAGAUGUGCACCAAGAAAGAUUUCAUCGACGCGUGCAACGUCAACCUGUUCGGCCCGAUAGAAGUAGCCAGGACUUUCAUGCCCCUCCUGAGAAAGUCUAAAGGCAGAGUGGUCAAUAUGGUCAGCGUGAUGGGCCGGUGUCCAGCGGUGAGCAGUCCGUACUCCGUCUCCAAGUUCGGCUUGGAGGCGUACUCCGACGUCCUGCGCAGAGAGGUGUCCAGAUUUGGUGUCAAGGUCAUCGUUAUAGAACCCGGAUUUUUCAAGACCACCAUAUUCAACCGAGAAGCGCUGCAAGCCAGCACGAGAAAGACGUUCGAGCAGUCCAGCAGUGAGGUCCAGGCGGCCUACGGCCAUGACUAUGUCGAAAAGAUGUCAUCACUUCUCGACGGAGUAAUGGACUCGUUGUCCCCACACACGUACAAGGUUGUCAAUGCUUAUGUCGACGCGAUAACCGCAAAGUAUCCUAGGGCCAGGUACCUGGUAGGCUAUGAUGCCAAGUUCCUGUUUGUUCCUAUUUAUCAUUUGCCAGAGUGGCUGAUGGAUUGGCUAAUUGAAUUUAAAUCCAGGAAACUAAUCCAGAAAACUACUUCAUAAAACUAAUCCAGAAAACGCAAUGAAAAAGAAAACACAUGAAAAUAACUUACACAACUAAUCUAAUGUCAAAUCGACCACGUCUAUUGUAACAUUGACCUUGUCUAUUAAUAACACCGACCGUGUCAAAUGUAACACCGACCACUUCUAUUGUAACAUUGACCUUGUGUAAUAUGAUACCAACCGUGUCUAUAGUAACACCGACCUUGCCUAUUCGCGAAUCAGGGAAAUGCUACUUUUCUCAAAUGGACCUUGAUCAAAGAUUAUGUCCAAUGAACAGCAAUCAAAGGAUAACGUAAUAAAAGAGGAAUGUCGUCAGCAUUAUUUGAUCGCUAAAUUAUCUUCCCGGCAUCUUCAUUCCGUAGUUCUCUACUAUGCACACAUCGUUCUAUAAUGUACAUUUUGAUCUAUAACAAAGCAAUUCUAGAUGUACACGUGAUUCCAAUCCACACCUCGUUCUAUAAUAAAUCAUUGAAACAUGUACGUCUGAUUCCAAUGCUGACAUCGUUCUAUGAUAAAUCAUUGCGAGAUGUAUACAUUAUUCCAACGCAAACACUGCAUAUCAUGUAAAGAUUAUAACGAUUAUAUUCAGUAACAUGUUUCUGUGUUCUUGCUAUGAUCAAAACUGUAACUCAAACUUGAGUUCACCUGUUAAAAAAGAAAACUAUUUAAAAAAUCAUAGUUUUCUUUGUAUUUUUUUCUCUUACUUUGAGGAUGGACGGACUUGUAAUUAGAGGAUGGAUAUUGACUUGUAAUAAAAGGAGAGUAAUUGACUUGUAAUUAGAGGAUGGAUAUUGACUUGUAAUAAGAGGAUGGUAAUUGACUUGUAAUUAGAGGAUGGAUAUUGACUUGUAAUAAAAGGAGAGUAAUUGACUUGUAAUUA